GCUUACAAUCAAACACAGCUCUUUUCUCACAAGCAAAAUAGAACAGAGCGUCAGUGACAUCGCUCGACCGGUAGACAGCAUGGCCAGCCCCGACUGGAGCAACCUCCCGCCGGACCACAACCUCGCCAAAUUCGCCGCCGACUUGCCCGACAUUCUCUCCCAAACCGACUACAACGAGAUGUACGGCGUCACUCUGCAGGCCUCGGGCGACGCAGACCAGCCAACUCCGCACACGACCCUCAUAAUCCUCCAAAAAUUCCUCCGGGCCAACAUGAACGACCUCACCAAGGCGAAAGCCCAGCUGACCGACGCCCUCGCCUGGCGCAAGAGCUACAACCCCCUCGCUGCCAAAGACGACACCUUUUCCGCCGACAAGUUCGCCGGCCUGGGCUUCGUCACCACCAUCAAAGACGUCCCCUCCACCGGCCACAAAGAAGACGUCGCGACAUUCAACAUCUACGGCGCCGCGACGCAAGACCCCAAAAAGACCUUCGGCGACACCGACGCCUUUGUCCGCUGGCGCGUGGCGCUCAUGGAACUCACGCUCUCCCAGCUGCACCUCGCGAGCGCCACCCAGCCCAUCCCGGACUACGGGCAGGGCGCGGACCCCUACCAAGCCAUCCAAAUCCACGACUACCUGUCCGUCUCCUUCUUCCGGCAGCCGGGGGAGAUCAAGGCCAGCUCGGCGAAGAUCAUCGACCUCUUCUCCAAAUACUACCCGGAGACGGUGUCGUACAAGUACUUUGUCAACGUGCCGCUCGUCAUGCAGUGGAUGAUGGGCGCCAUGAAGAUGCUGUUGUCCAAGGACAGCAUUCAGAAGAUGACGUGGUUGACGUAUGGCAAUCAGCUGGCGAGCUACGUCGGGGGCGAUGUGCCGAAGGAGUAUGGCGGAACGGGGCAGGGGCUGAAGGAGAAGGCAUUGACGCCCACGUACGAUGAUGCGGUGAAGGAGGCUCGUGCCACGGAGGCGUCUACUAAAGCUGUGGCGGAGAAUGCUGAAGCCAAAUGAGCUCUACACGCCCGGCUGUCCGUGGUCCUUUAUUAUACCCCCGGUUGAAUAGGCCUAGACGAGAUAGAUUGUAAUGAGAUGAGAGUGGAUACCAAGGAUU